AAACCUCUUAUUCCCCGUUCAUGCCAACCUUGCCGGUGCCGGUGCCGCCGCCGCCGCCGCUGCCGCCGUAGCCCGUAGGCAAACCCUCUCCCUCGCAGCCGCACCCAAGCGGUCAAACUUUCUCCAUAAAGGCGCCCCCCAGGCCAGCCGCCAGCCCUCGCCUCCCCCGUCUGACCUGUUCCCUCCCCGCGUCCCACCAACUUCCCAAACCCCACCACCACCACCCCGUCCGUUCCCCACUCCACUCCGCUCCUCCCCCACUCCAGCCGAGCGCCGCCCCAGCCAUGGCCGUGACCGCCCGCGCCUCCGCCGUGGCGUGCCUCCUCCUCGCGCUCGCCGCCUCCGCCGCGGGCGCGGGCUCCCCCUCCCCUGCCCCGGCGCCGGCGGUCGACUGCAUCGCGGCGGCCUCGAGCCUGAUCGACUGCGUGGGCUACGUCUCCCCCGGGAGCACGGAGAAGACCCCGUCCAAGGCCUGCUGCGGGGAGGUCAAGACCGCCGUCGCCAACCCCACCAUCGUCAGCUGCCUCUGCUCCCUCGCCGGCUCCAAGGACACCCCCGUGCCCAUCGACAUGAAACGCGUGCUCGCGCUCCCCGGCGCCUGCGGCGCGUCCAACGCCGCCUUCAGCAAGUGCCACAUUUCCGCGGGUUCUCCGACCGAAGCACCUGUGCCGUCUGGUACCGGAGGAUCAUCGAGCGGCGGGGCGAGCUCCCCGAUGACGGCGACCGCCCUCGUGGCCGCCGUGGCGGCGCCGCUGCUCGCCUACUGCUACCUCCUCUGAGCUAGCUGAGGAUAUCUUCGCUCUGAUGCUUGAGCUGCGCGCCGUGCUGCUGGCCGAGUGACCGCCCUUUGCCGGCGAGCUGCGCCGUGAUUCAGUUACUCUGUUGUCGAGACUGCUGUUUUACUUGAGCUGUUAUAUGGAGUAUUUGACGCGACUUCUUCC